GUCAUGUUCGGACUAGAGCAUCAGAGUUUGUCCUGCUUUGUGAUAGCUUGAAAGCGUCAGUAGUAAUUGAGAACUUCACUUCAGCAUCAACAUGAAGUCGAUUGUGUGCAUAGCUUUGAUUGCCAGCGUGAUUGCCACCGUGAGCUGCGCUCCCCAGUUUGGAGGAUUCAGUGGAUCCGCUGCGAACGCCAACUCCCAAUCUUUCGGCCAGGGAGGCUUCGGAGGUUUUGGAGGCUUUUCUGGAUCCGCUUCCAACGCUGCGUCACAGUCUUUCUCUCAGGGAGGAUUCGGACCGCAUGGUGGAUUCAGCGGGUCGGCUUCGAACGCUGCAUCGCAAAGUUUCUCCCAGGGAUUCGGACCACACGGAGGAUUCGGAUCGGGCUCCGCUGCUAGCGCCGGAUCGCAAUCGUUUGGCGGUUAAACUAAGCGAACGUUUUUUUUUGCGUGCGCUAACAUUACUGCCAACCUAGGGGUCACCUGAAAAUCGCUGCUGAUAACACAGACUGAAGAAAUAGAGUAGCAGAACGAACUUAUACCAAAUACAGUGAUUAAUAAAUUAAAUAACAACCCACGAAACAA